UUACCAACCGCCGUUCGGAAAUUAACUCGGGUCGUACAAAACUGACUUACCAGUUGCGUUCGGAAAUAUCGAGUAAAGUCAUUAGUUGUACUCUAGAGUAACUUUUUCAACCUCUGAAUUUUCAGAGGUUAACAGAGUAAAUCCCACUAUUUUAGCGGGAAGUAGUAUGGACGAAAGGAUGGAACAAAACGAAGGAUGGACAUCAACGAGAGAUGCUACUACCGUAGCAUCUCUCGUUGAUCCAAUUGUGGGUCGUCACGUUCCAUAUCGUUUGGAAAAUGGAGAUCUAAUUAUUGAAAAUAAUAUUCUCCUAUUAAUCGAUCAAUUUGAUAAUUCAGUUUGUGCAUGUCAAGCGACUCCAAAUAAUCUUAUAUUAUUGGAAAUUCUUCCUGUGUCUACAUUAUCUGAUUCAUCAGCUUUAUCUACUACAUCUGAAUCAUUAACUAUUUCGAUGCCUACUACAUCCAAAUCAUUAACUGCCUCGAUGUCUGUUACAUCCAAAUCGUCAACUACUCUGAUGCCUACUACAUCUAAUUCAAAGCCACAGGAAUGAAGAAGUCUGGAAGAAUAUAGUUAAAGAGUUGGAAAAUGUCGGUUUCACUGGAUAUACU